AUGCCAUUCAUCGAAAACCAGGCCACAACGGCAGAACCCAUCGUCCCUGUUGACGUCAAGGGGAAAGAUGCCUUCCAUAAACUAGUAGAAGACCUCAGUGCCGUUCUUGGACCAUCUUCCGGCCUUGACUCCGACGACGUCGACCCUAUGGACAUCCAGAAACUGAUGGAAGGAUACGUAUCCAACCCCCAGGAGUGGCAGCGUUAUGCGUUGGCAGAUACGUCCAGAGCCUACACCAGAAACCUCGUAGACGAGGGCAACGGCAAGAGUAACCUGCUCAUCCUCGUUUGGAACCCGGGCAGGUCCAGUCCAAUCCACGAUCACGCUAACGCUCACUGUGUAAUGAAGGUCCUGCAUGGUACUCUCAGGGAAGACCGGUAUGACUGGCCUGAACAGAACAAAGUCCAGAAUGGCGAAGCCUGCCCCCUGACAGUGACCAAGGAGACCAUCCUUCGGGAGAAUGAAGUGACAUACAUGUCCGACAAGCUUGGCCUGCACAAGGUCACCAACCCAGAUCCAGAGGAGUUUGCCAUCUCUCUGCACCUGUACACUCCUCCUAAUGCAGCUCACUUUGGCUGUUCUCUGUUCGAUGAACAGACAGGCAAAUCUCAUCAUGUCAAGCAGUGUAACUUCUUCUCCAACCGGGGCUUGAAGCUGUAG